AUGAUCCUCUCAUACAUCCUUCAUGGCCACAUUCCGUUCUACUCGCGGAACCCUCCCCAUCCCGACUCUCUACUGGACGCCAAAUUAACAGAGGCCCCCAAUCUCCUCGACGUAGACGUGGGAGCACUCACUGCCCACUUUGCGGCGUCUCGGUUGUCAUAUUCGACUCAGGCACUGCCUGUCAACGUCCUGUUAGACACUCUUGUGCGCCCUAGCCUAGACGUGGACGUGUCAGAUUGCGCAUCGAAUGUCGAAUGGCGGUACAUGCCUGAAAAGGCGAUUCCGCACCUCAUCUUCGGCAAUGCGCCUCGCCCAGGAGGCCAAUGGACGGAGGAUCCACAUGGAGCAAGCUGGGAUAUUCAGACCUUGAGUUACGCUGCGAUGCUUUCCCUGCCGGGAUACUCAUUUGUCGACCAUCAUCGUGCCGUGAUAGGAGCGGACCUUCCGCCGUUCACCCGACCGACCCGACGAGAGAUCGCGGACUACUUCGAGGCAUAUCCGGGCGCGGUGAAGAUCGAUGAUGUCUUCCGCUGCGGCGAAGACGUCAAGGGGAUCUCCCGUACGGACACUGGAUUCUACAUCAAAUCUCACAACCUUCACUGCAAGCGGUUAGUGCUGGCCAGUGGCAUAUUCUCGGAAAUCCUUCCACCCCCGGCGAUGCUGCAGCCUGUACUGCAAACAUCGUCUACUCCGACGAUGCCGUUACUCGUGGUCGGCUCCGGGUUCUCUGCCGCCGACGCCAUCAUUUCCGCCCCGGCCCAUCAAAAGAUCCUGCACGUCUUUAGGUGGUCUCCCGGAGACCGUCCGUCCCCGCUGCGUGGAUGCCAUCAACACGCCUACCCGGAGUAUGCCGGUGUGUAUCGAUUGAUGAAGCGCGCGGCCCUGGCAAGCCGGACGGAGAAGAAAUCCCAGCGGCCAAAUGCUCGGCGAGGAUCUUCCAUGCCCUUCCUGGAAUCCCGGCAGUGGGACGACAUCUACGAAGGGCUUUCCAACGUGGAAAUUGUUGAAGUUGCUAUGAAGGAUCACGCAGCUGAGGUCACAUUCCGUCACGAGAACGGUUCAACAUUCAAGCGGUUAGUUCAGGGGCUCGUGUACGCCGCAGGGCGACGCGGCACAAUGGCCUACCUGGAGCCUGAGCUGCGCACCGAAGUACUGGAACAUGAUGAAGCCAACAACGACCUGGCUGUUUCAGGCCAGACAUUGCGCGCCAGAGCGCUGGAAAAUCUUCAAAUUGCCCCUGACGUUUACAUUAUCGGCAGUUUAACUGGCGAUUCACUCGUGCGCUUUGCUUACGGAGGUUGCGUUGUCACGGCAGGGCGUUUGAUAGAGCAUCGAGACGGUGAUCGGGGGUCACGCAGCCCGUGUAGCAGCGCCGUCUCCACACGGCCCACUUCCUCGUCACUUCAAGCGAUGAAUGGUAUGGACGGUCAUCACGUCUACCCGGUCGCCGAGGCCGAUCUCACUCGCGAAGACACUCUGCUAAGCAAGGUGUCCACCAUACCUGCGCCGACGAACGUGCAGAGCUGGUGGAAGACGGUCGUACAUAUGUGGAAAGACUUGACACGAUAA